GAAAUGAAAAAACUCCAAGUUUAUCGAAUCAUGAUUCUCCGUACUUUAAUUUUCAAAAAAAAACAGGAAAUCAAAAAUCACCAACUUUAUCGGAUCAUAAUUUACCUUAUACUAAAAAAAAAGAAAAUAAAAAAGCAAAUGAUCUUACUAUUAAUGUACCUCUGCCUCAUUCCCAAAAUUCAUUGAAUAAUGGUUUUCCAUUCACUACUUCUCAAAAAAAAACAGAAAAUAAAAAAGCAGAUGAUCUUAAUUUUAAUAUACACUUACCUUCACCAGUUUCUCAAAAAAAAGCAGGAAAAAAAAAUGCAAAUGAUAUUAACAUAUCCCAACCUUCAUCAAUUUCAAAAAAUAUGUCUCUAUAUUUGCCAAUUAUGCCGGGUAAAGAUUCUCAAUACGAAAAUUCUCACAAAAAAAAUGGGAAUGAAAAAGUUUAUGAUCUUACUAUCACUAAAGGAAGUUAUGCACCUGAUGGUUUCAAACGAGAUAUGUUUCUCAUAAAUGGUCAAUUUCCUGGUCCUCUCAUCGAGUGUAAUAAAGGUGAUACGGUAGUUAUAAAUGUUAAAAAUGAAUUAGAUGAGGAUACUUCGAUUCAUUCCCAUGGUAUCUACCAGCGCGGGACUCCUUGGCUUGAUGGUGUUCCUGGUCAAUCUCAAUGUGGAAUUCCAUCAAAAGGAUCAUUCACCUACAAAUAUAAAGUGGAACAAAGCGGGACUCAUUCACAUUCAAGAACUCAAUAUAUUGAAGGAAUAAUGGGACCUCUUAUAAUUCAUGAUCCUGAUGAUCCUUAUAAAGAUGAAUGUGAUGAAGAAAUAAUUGUGAUAUUACAAGAUUGGUAUCAUACCGAUGCAAAAACUUUAUUAGUUUCUUUUUUGAGUCCUGAGAGUCAAGGAAAUGAACCAUCUCCCGAUAACGGUUUGAUUAAUGGACGAAAUUCUUAUAAUUGCUCAUGGGCACCAGAAGGCAGUGAUUGCGUUAAUAAUGCUCCAUUGACACAAUUCAAUUUCGUUCAUGGAAAGAAAUACAGACUUAGAAUUAUUAAUUCCUCAGCAUUUUCAGCUUUCAUUUUUUCGAUCGAUGGGCAUCCUCUGGAUGUAAUUGAAGUUGAAGGAAUGAUGACCAAGCGUCACACAGUUCACCGCCUUCCUAUUAAUGUUGCUCAGCGUUACUCAGUUAUUGUAACGGCUAAUCAACCUGUAAGUCAAUAUUGGAUGCGUGCAGAAAUGGAAACUUCUUGUUAUGCCGUUGUACCAGAUGAUCUCAAUCCUCUAGUAAAAGCUGUUGUUGCAUAUAAUGGAAGUACUGAUCAAAGUCCAUCAUCAACUGCUUGGAGUGACGAUGUUGAAAAUUGUGUGGAUUUAAAUGCUGCUGAUCUGAAACCCUAUAAACCACAAAAAGUUCCUAAUUCAAGCAAAAACUUUACGACUACAGCAGUGGUUGUUUUCCAGCCAGAUGCUGAUAAUGUCGUAUUAGGAUAUAUAAACAAUUCAACUUAUAAAAUAGACAACUAUCCUACAAUUUUAAAGGUCUAUAAUGGUAUAACGCAAUUUGCGGCUGAUCAAAAUGUUUUCUUAAUUGAAAAAAAUGAAAUUGUAGACAUUGUAUUAAUAAGUGAAAGUGGCACCCAACCAGAUUAUAGUAAAGCAAAUACUAAAGAUCCAAUACAACGAGAUACCGCAACUGUUCCUGCCGGCGGAUGGACUAUUCUUCGAUUUGUAUCGAAUAAUCCGGGUGUAUGGGGAUUUCACUGUCAUAUUGAGUGGCACGUUGAAGCAGGACUAGUUGCGCAAUUUGUUACGCAACCUGAUGAAAUUAAAAAAUUAAACCCACCUGAUGAUUGGAAAGCAUUGUGUCCUAAUA